CCCCGGCUUCCUGCGCCGCCGCCGCCGCCAGCGCCAGCGCCAGCGCCAGCAGCCGGGCCCGAUCACCCGCCGCCCGGUGCCCGCCGCCGCCCGCGCCACCGGCAUGGCGCUCCGGAGCUUCUGCAGCGCCGAUGGCUCCGACUCGCUCUGGGACUGGAAUGUCACGUGGAAUACCAGCAACCCGGACUUCACCAAGUGCUUCCUCGUGUGGGUGCCUUGUUUUUACCUCUGGGCCUGUUUCCCCUUCUACUUCCUCUAUCUCUCCCGACAUGACCGAGGCUACAUUCAGAUGACACCUCUCAACAAAACCAAAACUGCCUUGGGAUUUUUGCUGUGGAUCGUGUGCUGGGCAGACCUCUUCUACUCUUUCUGGGAAAGAAGUCGGGGCAUAUUCCUGGCCCCAGUGUUUCUGGUCAGCCCAACUCUCUUGGGCAUCACCAUGCUGCUUGCUACCUUUUUAAUUCAGCUGGAGAGGAGGAAGGGAGUUCAGUCUUCAGGGAUCAUGCUCACUUUCUGGCUGGUAGCCCUAGUGUGUGCCCUAGCCAUCCUGAGAUCCAAAAUUAUGACAGCCUUAAAAGAGGCAGCGGUGAGCAGUGAGACUACCCGUGAUGGAGCCGGCUUUCUGGCAUUACAUCCCGGGGGGAGCUGGGAGCCUGUGAUGUCCCUGUGGCUGAGUGAGUUUCUGCCACCUGCUCUCAGAAUGUGAUCUUGGUUUUUUUUU